GCGAGAAAGAGGAUGUUAAUGAGUGUGGUUAAUUUGCAUGAGGCUGUGUGAGAGGUGUGCAAGGCUUUUGGCGUUUCUGCCGGACUGUGUGACAUUGUGUUGCGUAAACAAAGGAACGGACAAUGUUGGAGUGCGGCAUGCUGGAGCGGGACAAAAAGGCUCUCCAGAGAAACUCGGCUGUUCUGUGCAAACAGCUGGUCGUGGAUGAGCUGUUCAUCCAGUUACUGCAAGCUGAUGGCAUCCUUACCGAGAACAUGGCAGAAACCAUUAUGGUGUGCAGGGCAAACGUUUCAGAAACGUAGCUGGGGUUUGUUACUUCUCCUCCCAAAACGAGGACCUGAAGCCUUCCAGAGCUUCUGCUCGGCUCUGAAGGAGACUGAGCAGCAGCACCUCUAUGACUUGAUAGUACAAUCCCCUGACAGGAGCAGCAGAGAGAUACACGUGGAUUGUAUUCAGGCUGAGAAAGUGCCAGAAGAAAAGUCACGACGACCAGAGAAGACACAAAAUCACGGAGAGUCAUCUUUAUUAGACAAAGAGGAAAGCAGUGAGGUGAGCAGCACCUCGUCACUCUCAGCCAGGCCCUCUGAUAGAUGCGGAGCAUCCUCAGAGUCGUCCAGAGAGAUCAGCCCAGUCAGAGAGGAAAACAGGGACAAAGGAAGGAAAAAGAGGACUUCUCUCCCAUUUCCAACUCAGGAGGAAUAUGCUGCAAAGAGAGCGAGGACACACACAGAGUCCAUGGAGUUCAGCCUCGACGCCGACAGUCCCAUCAACACUCCUGUUCUCCCGUGCACACCUGACUUUUAUCUGUCUCACUGCAAGCAGUCCUACAGAAUGAACUCCUCACCCCGAGGCUUUGCCUUGGUCAUCAGUAACGUGAGCUUUGACUCCUGCUCUGCUCCUGGUCUUGACCCAAGAAAAGGAGGUGAAGUGGACGAUGAAGUCCUCAGAAAGGUUUUCACAGAGCUGGACUACCACGUCAGUGUCCACAGAGACCUCACUGCUCAGGGCAUGAGGACAUGCAUCGAGAACUUCUGCAGGCGGUCCGAACACCAAACAGUGGACAGCUGUGUGGUGUGUUUGCUCUCCCACGGAGUGGAAGGAGCAAUUUAUGGCAUAGAUGGACAACUUGUCCAGCUCGAUUGGGUGUUUGAGGCCUUUGACAAUGCACACUGUCCUCUGCUUCAAAACAAGCCAAAGAUGUUUUUCAUUCAGGCCUGCAGAGGAGACGAGAUGGACUGUGGGGUUGAGCAGCUGGACGGGCCAGGGAGGACGUCUUCACCGAGCUGUGAGCAGCGGGACGCAGGGAGGGAGGCAGAGGGGGACGCAGACCCCAGACAGAGGCGAGACUUGGGGAGGCCCAGGAUCAAACUACCUCAGCGCUCAGACAUGAUCUGUGGCUUUGCGUCUCUCAAAGGUCAGAGAAUUUGCACAGCAGCAAUGCGAAACACCAAGCGAGGGUCCUGGUUUAUCCAGGAACUGAACACAGAACUCCGCCUUCAUGCCAGAGACAGACAUCUUUCAGACAUGCUGGUGCAGGUAAAUGCACGUAUCAAGGAGAGGGAAGGUUACGCCCCAGGCACCGCCCACCAUCGCUGCAAAGAGAUGUCCGAGUUCACCAGCUCACUCUGCAAAGACCUCUAUCUUUUCCCCAAGUACCAGCCCCAGUAUUGAUAUGCAGAAACACACUUUAAACAAGCACACACAGAUCAUUCCUUGAGUUGAAACCUUUCAGUAAAAGCUCAACAGAACUGCCGGUUAUCACCUCACAUUCCCCCAGUUAAAGCUUCACAUCCACUUCUGCUCAAACCAAAACACACAUCCACACCUUCCUUAUAAACCCUGAAAUAAGAAGCAAAAUAUUUGUGUUUUUGCCGGUUGGAUGGUUUAAUUGUAAAUCAUUUUUCAGUCAAGUUGCACAGCAUCUCCGAAGUUCCUCAAGUCUCUUUAUGAAAUCUGUAUUUUGUACACAGAUAUAUUUUUGUGGCUUUGUUUUUUUAUGAAAUCGCUUUUAUAUGACUUUUUAAACCCGUGCUUUUUAUUUUCUUAUGUUUGUUAUAAGUUGUGAAGACAACUUGUUCUUAGUGUAGUGACAGGCAGAGGGCAGCACCACAGAGAUCAUUUCAUCCCCCAUUACAGAUCAAUAAUAUUCUCACCCUGUGGUUUUGCAGGCAAAUAUAAAUCAAAAGAGGUUUAAAAAGGAACAGGUUAAAGAUGUUAUGUCUUUAUCCACUCACAGUCUUUCAGUCAUUUAUUCUUUUUGUUUAGAUUUAAAUGCUGAGUUGGAACAAUGCAGCUUUAUAAAUGUUUGUCAAUAUUUUAUUCACUUAUAAUCUUUAAACUUCUCCUGUCUACUACAUGGUAAUGGGCUGGAUUUUGGUGCUACGCUCUUAUUUAUUCAUCUAAUUUCUGACCUUUAUUUUUAUAGUAUCUUGCAAAGUUAUUCAUGCCCUUAAAUGUUUCCACAUUUUCUCACAUUGCAACCAUGGAUGUCAGUGUAUUUUAUUGGGAUUUUAAAUGAAAAAACAACACAAAGUAGGACAAAAUUGGAAAGUGGAAAGAAAAUGUUUUACAAAUAAACGCAUGAGAGCGUUGGUAAAUUGUCACAGACACUUAAUUCGAUUCAGGUAUGAGCUGUGUCAUCUAAAUAUACUUUAAUCUAAAUUGUUUUGAUGUAGCUCUGGCGUUAUGUUACGCCAGAGCUACUGUGUCUUGUUUUUUUUGUUUCUUUUCUGCUCUGUGUUUGGCUUCAGCUUCUCUGUACCUGCAGAGUAGCAACAUUCCCACAGCAUGAUACUACCACCACCAUAUUCCACCUUAUUGAUGAAGUCUACACUUAGGCAAACCUAUUUUUGUAUUCCUUAUUGUUUUAUAAGCUAACCCUGCUUCAAACGUCUCCAGUGGCCUGCCUGAUGUGUUUCUUUGUAAUUUUGGAAAUUAUGCCUCCCACUUUGCAAUCAAGCAUAGCUUUGCACAAAACUCAGAAGAAAUAAACUGAUGUUUGCAGUGACAAUGUGACAAAAUGUAAAAAGAUUCAAGGGUUUUAGAGGUAUUGAUACUUUUGGAAAGCACUAUAGUGUUUAUUUUGUGAAAUUACUAUGACUGAUACAGUCAGGAUAAACAAUGUCUUCCAUAAACAUGAAGCAGUUUCCUUGCAGCAGCCAUGUGAGGAUUUUCUGUUUGAUGAACUCAUGACUAUGGUAGAAAUUUUAUGGUAGUUGCCCUCCACACACAGAUUAAUAUCUCCAAAGCCUGAGUGACAAUUAAAAGCCCCCAGAGAGGCCUCGAUGAGGUGAAGUAUGUUCAGUUGCGUCAGUGUUGUUUUGUGGGAAAAGUAUUUAUCUGAAACGGUUUUGGUUUGUAACUAUCUGGUCACGACCGUGCUCCGCCGUGGAGCAGAGACAUUCCUUUUUAUACUGAUAUAGUGGAGAUAUAACAUAAAGAGAGAAGCUGGUGUGAAAAGUUUAGUGAAGAGUUUUGAAGGUCAGAUUUUAUUGUACCUCACUGUGUUAAAGGGGGGCUGAGGAGAUGUCUUCACGACCAAUGACUGCCAAAAAAUAAAAAUAAAACUUUGAUUUUAAAA